CGUCUUCAUCUUCCUUGGUCAUCAUCAUCAUCAUCAUCACCGCUCCAGCCAGCAGACGGCGGAAGAAAGGAGGAAGUGGAAACAUCAGCACUAUCUCUAGUUCGACAGACAGAGGAGAGUCAGGGUGGGCGAAAACACUGAGUGACGCACAGCCGCCACACGCGCACCAACUCCGGACAUCAGUGGAGGGAGAGUCCUCGCUUCGACAGGUUUUUAUGAUCCAUCUACAGUAGUACUGACUGAGGAGUGAGGCAAGAAGUUUUACACUAAACCCUCCCGCUGCAUCCAUGCCGCCACCUGCAGACAUCGUCAAGGUGGCCAUUGAAUGGCCGGGGGCGUUCCCCAAGCUUAUGGAGAUUGACCAGAAAAAGCCUCUCUCAGCCAUCAUAAAGGAGGUUUGUGAUGGGUGGUCCUUGGGAAGCAAUGAAAACUUUGCUUUGCAGAUUGCUGAUUCAACAAAUUUCUACAUAACAGAAAAGAAUCGGAACAACAUCAAGAAUGGCUCUAUUCUCCGCUUAACCACCUCUCCUUACCAGACCGCACUCCAGCUUCAUGAACGAAUCCAGUCGUCCAGCAUGGAUGCAAAGCUUGAGGCGCUGAAAGACUUGGCCAAUGCCUCCCGGGAUAUCACCUUUGCACAGGAGUUCAUUAACCUGGACGGCAUCUCGCUUCUUACUCAGAUGGUGGAGAGUGGGACUGAGCGCUAUCAGAAACUACAGAAGAUUAUGAAGCCCUGUUUCGGUGACUUGUUGUCCUUUACUCUAACGGCCUUUGUGGAGCUGAUGGAUCAUGGAAUUAUCUCGUGGGAUACUUUCUCUGUGGCUUUCAUCAAGAAGAUUGCCAGCUUUGUGAACAAGUCGGCCAUGGACACGGCAGUGUUGCAGCGCUCCCUGGCCAUCCUAGAGUCCAUGGUGCUCAACAGUCAGGAUCUUUACCACAAGGUGGCGCAAGAAAUCACCAUUGGACAGCUCAUUCCUCAUCUCCAGGGGACUGACCAGGACAUUCAGACUUAUACGGUUGCUGUGAUCAAUGCACUGUUCCUCAAAGCCCCAGAGGAGAAGAGACAGUAUGAUGAGCACAUUGUGGACAUCCUAGACUGUCCUCUGACAGAGAUGGCCCACAUUCUGGCCCAAAAGCAGCUGCGCUCCAUCAUUCUUACUAAUGUGAUCCGUAAUCCCACACCCAUCAAUGAUGAGAUGGCACACCAGCUAUAUGUGCUGCAGGUGCUCACUUUCAACUUGCUGGAAGACCGGAUGAUGACCAAGAUGGAUCCCCAGGACCAGGCUCAAAGAGACAUAAUCUUUGAGUUGCGGAGAAUUGCCUUCGAUGUGGAGUGUGAACCCAAUAACAGCGGCAGCAUCGAGAAACGCAAGUCCAUGUACACCCGUGACUACAAAAAGCUGGGUUUUAUUAAUCAUGUCAAUCCAGCUGUGGAUUUUACCCAGAUUCCUCCUGGGAUGCUGGCUCUGGACAACAUGCUCUAUUUUGCGAGACAUCACCAGGAUGCCUACAUAAGGAUUGUUCUGGAGAAUAGCAGCAGAGAAGACAAGCACGAAUGUCCGUUCGGCCGCAGCAGCAUCGAGCUGACCAAGAUGCUCUGUGAGAUUCUAAAAGUGGGCGAGCUGCCGAGCGAAAACUGCCAUGAUUUCCAUCCCAUGUUCUUCACCCAUGACCGCUCCUUUGCGGAAUUCUUCUGCAUUUGCAUCCAGCUGCUCAACAAGACCUGGAAAGAGAUGAGAGCCACGAAUGAAGAUUUUAACAAGGUAAUGCAGGUGGUGAGGGAGCAAAUCAUGCGAGCGCUCUCUCUCAAGCCUAAUUCUCUGGAUCAGUUCAAGAGUCGCCUGCAGAACCUGAGCUACACUGAAAUCUUGAAAAUACGCCAGUCUGAGAGGAUGAAUCAGGAAGACUUCCAGUCUCGGCCCAUCUUGGAGCUGAGAGAGAAGAUCCAGCCAGAGAUCAUGGAGCUGAUCAAACAGCAGAGACUCAACAGGUUGUGUGAUGGAACCUGCUUCAGGAAAAUCAGCAGCCGCAGAAGACAAGAUAAGUUCUGGUACUGUCGUCUGUCCCCGAAUCAUAAAGUCCUGCACUACGGGGAUCUGGAAGAGAGUCCCCAGGGAGAGGUGCCCCACGACUCUUUACAGGACAAAUUGCCUGUGGCUGACAUCAAAGCUGUUAUCACCGGCAAAGACUGUCCUCACAUGAAGGAAAAGGGAGCCCUGAAGCAAAACAAGGAGGUGCUGGAGCUGGCUUUCUCUGUUCUAUAUGAGUCAGAUGAAUACCUGAACUUCAUUGCUCCUGACAAGCACGAGUACUGCGUGUGGACUGAUGGUCUAAAUGCUCUCCUGGGUAAGGAGAUGACCAGCGAUUACACCAAAUCUGACCUGGACACCCUGCUCUCCAUGGAGAUGAAGCUCCGGCUCUUGGAUCUAGAGAACAUCCAGAUUCCAGACGCCCCGCCCCCAAUUCCCAAAGAACCUAGCAAUUAUGACUUUGUUUAUGACUGUAAUUAAAUGUUUAAACCCGAACGAACCCGGCACCUUCUGUAUUCACUGGACCAAUUAUUUUCUUAGAAACUGGAGCAAGAAUAGAAAAAAGAAAACACAAAAUGAAAAAAAAAACUGCAACUGAAAGGAUUCACUGAACUGUUCUUACUAAACCUUUCGAAAAGAGAAAGUGGUGCAUAUCAUCAAUAAUCAUUGCACUUGAGAGACCUAAAGGCCAGAUCAGACCUCGUGUUGCCAUGGAGAUAAGAAAGGCAGCAUUUGUUUGGGCUGUGGUGAAACCUUGCUUGACUCUUUCUUUGCCCUCUUUGUGUCUCUGAUCUUUCCAGGCAUCGAGACCCAACCACAUCCCGUCAGUUUGCUUCAGAAAUGUUGUAGACAAGUGCUUAGAAAAAAAUGCUAACAUUAUCCUGUUUUUUGCUGUUAUUUUGUUGGUUUUCCUCUGGGAUUUUAUUUUUGUGGGGAGAGACGAUAUGUUUUUUUUUAUGUCAUUUUUUUCCAAUGUUAUUUAUUUUCUGUCACAUUCCAGUGAACUUUGUGGCAGCUAAAUGUCUAACAUGAAACCUGAUUACACUCGAUGAACCAAUACGUCUUGUGUGAAAACAUUUUUUUGUCACAUUGAUCUCCUACUUUUACUUAAAACUGUUAAAAGAAACAAACGUCCCUGUCCUGAAGUGAAAAAUGCUCCUGUUUUUGAAAAUCAAUGUUCUUGCCACACUGCUGCUUUUUGCUUCUUGUACACUCCUACACAUGUGGCUUUGCCGACCAUAAAAGCACCACCUUUGUGAAACACACUUGUCUCCCUAAUUUGCCUCAGUCAUUGUAAACACUGCUGUAUCAGAAAUAUUUGAGCUUUUAACUGGACGUGUGUUAAAAGAUUGUCAUUUAGUCAUUUUUAGUAUUGAUAGUUGCAAAUUUAAGCAUUUUUAUUUAUUUCAAUACAGAUCGUAGUUGUUUUUUCUAUUAUGAUCUAUAUUUUCCCUUACCUAUAAAUGCCUUCUUAUAUUUUUCUUUGGGAUUUUUCCAAGCUCCCUAAACCUGCUGUUUGCAUUAAAGAUUGGAAAAACUG